GCUGCUCUGUCGACUUCUAGAACUUUACUCUCUGCCAUCUCUAUAGUUUAGGUCUCUGACCUAUUUUUCUAAAACUUACAAGAAGGCCUGUCAUGCACUGUCUCCCUUCUGGACAGAGCUUCCCCUAAACCUCACAAUGCCUAGCUUCUCUUUACUUUGUUUCAGCCAAUGUAACUGACCCAGAGAAACCUACCUUUUCCACAUCUCUUACUGACUUCCUGUAUAGCAUUUUUUUUUUUUUGCUUUUGUUAUAUUUAUCAUGACACUGUGAUGGUUAGGUUUUUUUUUUUUUCCUCCCUUAACUGGACACAGCUAGAGUCAUCUGGUAAGAGGGCAUUUCAAUUAAUAAUUGUCCCCCCACACCAGAUUGGCCUAUAAGCAAUUCCAUGGUCUUUUUCUUAAUUAAUGAUUGAUAUGGGAGGACCUAGGCCAUUAUGGCUGGUGCUAACCCUGGGCAGUUGCUUGGACUGUAUAAAAAAGCAGGCUGAGCAAGCCAUGCGAAGCAAGCCGGUCAGCAGUGUUCUGCCCUGACUCCUGUCUCUGCUCCUGCUUGAGCUCCUGCCUGGACUCUCUGCACUGACAGACGGUUAUAGGGGUGCAUAAGCCAGAGAAAUCCAACCCCCUCUCCCUCCAAAGUUGCUUCUAGUGAUGGUGUUUGUCUAGGAGAGAGUCUGAUAAAUGAUCACCUCACUUCCAUCCCUCAGCUGUGGAGCUCAGGCUAGGAAUGUAGUCUCUGAAGCCUGAGCAGCCAAUUCCCAACACAUUAGACAUUUUCUUUGGGGUGAGUCGAUUGGAUACAUCAAGUUGUCAGCCAACAGCACUUACCUCACACUUCUGCUGACCUUUCAGUUGCCACCUUUGUUGUCCCUUCCCUUCAGUGCAAGGCUGCUUUGAACUUCGCCAGGUCCUCUGACCUUCUCCUUUCUGUCUUUAGCUCCUUUCCUCUUUUCACUGUUACCGUGCUCUGGAGUCUGUACAUUUUAGGAUUCCCCACUGACCUCCAUGUUUCUGAAUCCACUCGUUAUGUCUCAGGUUGGGGGACACAGAGGUCCUUGUACUCGAAGAGAAGCACCGAGAGAUCCAGAAGUGUUAAUCACACCGGGCUGUCUCCUCAGUGGAAGAGAUAAAGUCAAAUACCUGAACUCCAUCCAGAAACCCGAAAGUGGAUUUUGUUAACAACUUGGUGGCCUCUUUGCUAUCUGUGGAAGCAAACCUCACUCAGAAUCCCCUAAAUGGUUAUUUCAGACUCUCUGCUCCGAAGACCAUUACUCAUCUUUAGGGGAGACGUCUGUCACUCGCACUUUAUGGCCUGCUGACUUCUGUGCUGUUGGUCAGAGACCACACUAGAGUCUAGGCUUUUCAGCUAUAGACCUCACCCCCACGGCCACUUACAUUUUGUAAGAGUUUUGACACACUCACACCUUAAGCUUUAUUGUGCAUCUGGAACUGGACUGAUUGGUUUGACUGUUGCCUGGAAGUUGUGCUGUGUUUCAAAUAUGCUGACAACGAGCUGGCACCAGACUCCCCAAGGUCUGAUCCAGGUUGAUGAAGUCAGCCUGCACAGGGGUUUUCAUUCUUUCCUCUUUGUGUGAUUCACUUUCCUGUCUGGCGCCCACACGGAGCCCCUCAAUCACAGUCAUGAGCAGCAGACAGCGGGAUGAACAUGGCUACUCUUUGGUUUCUAAGAUGAGCACUCUGCCACCCUUUCACUUCACUGUUACUCCUUGCUCUGUCCCAUUGCCUCCUCUCUCUUAGUUUGGAAUGUUCCAGACCUCUGACUUCUAACUUCUCUUACCCAUUCACAUUCAUUUGCUGGACAUCUUCACCUAUUCUCAAGGCUGAGAAAGCACCCUGAGUGGUCCAGCGCACCUAGCUAUCUAUCUGACAUCUUCAUAGGCACGUCCAGUGUAAACAUGGGGAAUUAUGCUGGAAUAUGAAAAAGGUGGAGAAUUAAAGACGAAAUCCAUAGAUUUACUUGAGCUCAGUCCUAGAUGCAAAUUUGACAUGCAAGUGUUUGGGGUGAAUUUCAGUACUGAUGUCAACACCCUAGUAGGAGAGAUCCAGCAAGCAGAGCCUCUGAUCACAGCGUCCCGGACAAAGCAAGUCAGACUCCUAGUGCAGAGGCUUCAGGAGAAACUCAGACAGCAUAGCGACCACAACUUCUACCUGUUUAAGGUUCUCAGAGCACACAUAUUGCCAUUGACCAACGUGGCACUCAACAAAGCAGGCUCCUGCUUUAUCACCGGAAGCUAUGAUCGGACCUGCAAGGUGUGGGACACGGCGUCUGGAGAGGAGCUGCACACCCUGGAGGGCCACAAGAAUGUGGUGUAUGCCAUAGCCUUCAACAAUCCUUACGGUGAUAAAAUUGCCACGGGGUCUUUUGACAAGACCUGUAAACUCUGGAGUGCUGAGACAGGAAAGUGUUACCAUACCUUCAGGGGCCACACAGCAGAGAUUGUAUGUUUAUCAUUCAACCCCCAAAGUACAGUGGUUGCUACUGGAAGUAUGGAUACUACAGCCAAAUUAUGGGACAUUCAGAAUGGAGAGGAAGUGGUCACUCUAACCGGUCAUUUGGCAGAAAUCAUUUCCUUGUCGUUUGACACCUCAGGAGACAGAAUCAUCACAGGGUCCUUUGACCACACAGUUGUAGUAUGGGAUGCUAGUACUGGAAGGAAGGUGCACACUUUAAUUGGUCACUGUGCUGAGAUCAGCAGCGCCUUGUUCAAUUGGGAUUGCUCUCUAAUACUAACAGGCUCCAUGGACAAGACCUGCAUGUUGUGGGAUGCUACAAGUGGGAAAUAUGUAGCAACCUUAACAGGCCAUGACGAUGAGAUCCUAGACAGCUGCUUUGAUUAUACUGGAAAACUUAUCGCAACAGCUUCUGCCGAUGGAACGGCAAGAGUUUACAAUGCAACCACAAGAAAGUGUGUAACCAAACUGGAAGGCCAUGAAGGAGAAAUCUCAAAGAUCUCCUUCAAUCCCCAAGGAAACCGGCUCCUGACGGGCAGCUCUGAUAAGACAGCCAGAAUCUGGGAUGUUCAGACUGGCCAGUGCCUCCAGGUCCUUGAGGGGCACACUGAUGAAAUAUUUUCAUGUGCUUUCAACUAUAAAGGGAAUAUAGUCAUUACAGGCAGCAAGGACAACUCCUGCAGGAUAUGGCGUUGACCCAAGGGCUCUGCUAUGGAGCAGGGCUGUUGGCAACAGUGAUCAAGAACUUGAACUCCAGAGAGCAAGUGAGCCUAUGUCCUCUGCCUCUUUUCAUGCAACUUAUCCAUGGAACAGCCUGUCCUUCACCUUACAGACAUGACCAUGAAAACCAAUGAGCCUUCACCAUUUUCUGACAUUAUCUAAAGGUUAUUGGCAGGAGCAGGCAUAAUAUGUGUUAAAUAUCACUAAUUGUUUCUGUUGUGUUUUGUGUUUCAAUAGCGCCAGGAUACUGACAAAUGACGUCAGAGUGCCUUAACAGCACUUCUUCUAGAUUCUAGAAUCUUCUAGAUUGUACCUGAAGGCUGAUGUUACAGUUUUUCUUCAAUAAAGUUUUUAGACAAAAUUU